UACAGAGCCAGAAACAGUGCGAUCAUCACUCGGCUUUUUUGUCCUGUGAUCUCACUGGCGUUCCCAGCCCUGACACUCCUUGCAAAAGAUGUCAGAAUCCCAAGAAUAAUUGGUUUUGUUUGUCCUGUAAGGACGUCCUCUGUGAUGUUAACGAACAUGAUGGUGAGCAUCAUACGCAGACAAAGCAUUGUCUUCAAGCCAGCUGCAGUAAUAAAUCAAUUUGGUGUUACUCCUGCUUUAAAUUUUUAGAUGCACAAGUGAUCCAACAAUUGUGGGCCAAUAAGCAGGGUCGAUCAUCUUCAGCCAAGCUAGAGAGCAUUGAUGCAAAGGUUGUUGAUGUUACUGAUCUCUUGUCCAAGCCAUUUCCUACCAUCAAUGUUCAUCCACAGUUGGAUGCUCCGUUGUUUGUUGGCCAGGACGAGCUUGCCUUGGCUAAGGAGGGACUCCGAAUGGUCUUUGAUCGCGGGUUAAAAGCUCUAGCUGAUCCCAAGGUGCAAGAAGAGUUUCUCCUUUACUCAGCCACGCUGCUCUCAGCCGAGUCAUGCCCAUCAGAAUUGAAGGUUAACCUUUCAUCAUUCAGAUGUAAUCUUUUGGAAGAAACCUCUGCUUUCAUUAAAGCUCAAGAUGAGUUGAAGGUGGCCUCAGAGUUAUCAGCCUCGAUUACCCAGAAGUUGUUUGUGGUGAGGCAACAAACUUCGAAGUAUGAUGAGGUAAAGAAAGAAAUGAUUGCCUCAGACGAGAAAAUUGCCAACUAUAAGUCCAUGAUCAAAGAGUUGGAAGCUUGUUUAGCCACAGAAGUGAGCAACAGGAAAAAGAUUGAUGAGGUUAUCGAUUCGAUCGAGACACAAGUCACCAUAGCGAGAGAUAGACUGGUCCCGGACUUGGCACGAGUGUCUUCCAUGAAGGGAACGACCCAAGUAGCUUACCAGUUAGUAACUCGAAAACAGUCGCACUGGGAUAACCUAAAGAUUAUGUUUACUAGGUUUGCAAUUGCAGACGCCACCAUGAGUCGACAUCCUAGUGUGAAGUGGGCUCAGCAGCCUGAUACGCUUUACAUCACUAUUGAGUUGCCUGAUGCCCAGGAUGUAAAGCUUACACUGGAGCCUGAAGGAAAGUUUUUAUUCUCUGCUACAGCUGGAGCAGAAAAGACACCCUAUGUAGUUGAUCUUGAUCUCUAUGACAAGAUUGAUGUAAAUGAAAGUAGGUAUAGUGUUGGCUCGAGAAACAUCUUUCACCUAGUGAAAAAAGCUGAAAAUAAAUGGUGGAGCAGAUUGAUAAAACAAGAAGGAAAAGCUCCUGGGUUCUUGAAAGUUGAUUGGGAUAAUUGGGGAGAUGAGCAGGCGGGGAUCUAGAUAGAAGUCCGGUGGGCAAAAAAAACCUAUAUUUUUUUUUUUUUUGGUCAAUGCUGUUUCCCCAAACUAUACUAUUGGCCAUAUUGCAAUAAGCAAUUCAUUAGAAUUUGAUUAUUGAAAAUGUGAUGAUAUAUUUGGACCUUAUAACCCAUAAAUUACAAGAGGAUGUUCAUUCCAGUGAA